AACGGCUCGCACCAUUGACAGCCUUGCCAGUCGAAUCGAAGAUCCUCUGAUCCAAGCCCAUUGGUCAAGCAUCAAUGAUGUUUAUGAAUCGAGUGUUAAAGUAUUAAUAACGUCACAAGGUUAUGAGCAGAUAUGCAAAUCUAUUCAGUUGCAGCUGAAUAUUGGAGUAGAUCAGAUAAGGGUAGUACACAGAGAUGGGCGAGUUAUUACGUUGUCUCACCAAGAGCAGGAAUUGCAGGACUUCCUUCUCUCUCAGAUGUCACAGCACCAGGUUCUUGCUGUUCAGCAGUUGGCAAAAGUAAUGGGCUGGCACGUACUGAGCUUUAGUAAUCAAGUAGGACUUGGGCCAGUUGAAAGUAUAGGGAAUGGAUCCUCAAUAACUGUGGCAUCUCCAAAUGGCGAUUAUUCUGUUUCAGUACGUAAUGGUCCUGAAAGUGGAAGCAAGGUUAUGGUGCAGUUUCCCCGGUUUCAGAGCAAAGAACUUCCAAAGAGUGAUGUGCUACAGGAUAAUAAAUGGCAACACCUGCGCGGACCGUUUAAAGAAGUGCAGUGGAAUAAAAUGGAAGGACGUAACUUUGUAUAUAAAAUGGAGUUAUUAAUGGCAGCAUUGACUCCCUGCUAGCAGCUGUUGAACAAAAAGCUUGGACAUGUAAAUAUUUUUUAGGUUCCCAUAAAUCAUGCUGCAGAUUUGACAGCUUAAUUCACUGUAUUAUUUCAUUGAAUUAAAUGUUUUUCUACA